UUAUUACUGUAAUAAUAUCAUAUCUGACAUCCCAACUUCCUUUCAAAGUAUCUCUGAGAAAUGAGAAUCUGUGAGUAAUUUUCUAUUAUAAAGGCAGCUGUGUCAGCACCUUUACAACAUUAUUAAUUAUCAAGUUCAAGUUCAAGUUCAACAUCUGAUCAAGUCCCAGCAGGCCAAACACGCCAGGGAGACUUCCAUGUAAUUGUUGUACCUUAUCUUGGAUGGCAUACAACUAAAUCAAUAAAUCUACAAAUGCUAUCACGUAAAAGGGUGAGAAAAACAAAUAUAUUCCCACGUUUGUGCCUCUACUUUAGAGACAUUUAAGCAUUAGCAUAAAAAUAUCCUUAAAGUUUCAAAAGUAAAACAACUCAUUUACAGUCUGGCCCUUUUCAGAAUAAUGUAUUUAUAUUAUUAGAUUGUAAUUAUAGUUGCAUUAAUAUGUACAUUACUUUAACGUUGCAGCUGGUAAAGGUAAUUUUACACUGCAUGGUAGCUUGACAUUUUCCUUAUCAUUGUUUAUUUGUUGAUUAUAUUUUGCAUUAAUAUUCUGAAUCUGAAAGUAGUAACUAAAGUAGAGGAGUAUAAAGUAGCAGAAAUAACUAAUAUGUACAAAUAUUUUAUAUAUGUGUCUCUUUUUCACGUCCAUCCAUGACAGUCCCUCUCUGAAAUAUGUCACCCUUCAAAGAUAACGCUCUUGUCAUAAAAGCCCAAACGAUGUGAUGUGGUGUGACGCUUUUGGGGAAUGCAUAGUUGGAAGGAGUCAAAAGAGUCUAAUCCACUAACAGGAUUUUCAAUUCUCAUUAGAUAUUAGAUGUGUAUGUUUUCAGUGGCUUUUGGUUGCUCUUAGUGUGAUUUAGUGUUUUCUAAUAUUUAAUUUUAAUAUUGUUCUUACAAGUUUUAUUUGGUUUUUGUAUCACAUGUGUGCACAUUUUUGAUAUUUCCUUAUAUUUAUAUAUAAAUUGUCUUUCAUUGACAUUUAUUGGUGUUAAUGUACCUUUUUACUACUAUUUCAAGGUCUUUUGUUUGCUAGUGAUGUCCCAUGCACUUUAAUUUGUGCAGGACAAUCAACUUGUUUAGAUUUGAUUCAGUGAAAUAGGAGCAUGACACUUCCCUCUCUGUCCCCAUUCUCUCUCCAACCCCAGAUUAGGGUAUAUAAAAGAAGAAUUUCCCUUCUUACACUUCACUCAUUUUCUUCUGCGUGCAGUCUGAUUGGGGUGGGACAUUCAAGGCCUAAUCAUGAGCAGGAACUUCUUGUCCAAAAAUGAUGAGCUCCGCAGGGGAGACUACCUGCUGUCCAACAAUAAGGAGUGGAAGGCUAUUUUCCAGGACGAUGGUAACUUUAUCAUCUAUGGCUGGAAGCCUAUGUGGGCUUCAGACACUUCUGGAUCAGACGCUGUCCGCCUGUGCAUGCAGGAAGACUGCAACCUGGUCAUGUACAACAAGGAUAGUCAACCCAGGUGGCACACAAACUCUUCCAAGUCCAGCUGUAACAUGUGCCGUGUUCAGCUGACCGAUGACGGCAAACUGGUGGUGAACAGGGAAUGUGAAGAGAUUUGGAACUCUUCCAGCUCCAAAGGCAUGAAGUGAUGAAAUGAUGCUUCUGAAAUUCAUUGCAUGUGAAAGUAAUCUUUGGAUUUUUGGGAACAAAUAAAAUGUUAACAAUGCAUAAA